AUGGGGCCCGUGCCAUCGCAGGACAAGCCCUUGUCGCUGGCUGCCUUGAAGGCGAACAAGGCUCGCGCAAAACUUGUCACCAAGACUGUUACUAUCGCCAAAGUCCCCAAACCGACUCCCAAGCCUCAAAUAACCUCGAGCAUUUCCAGGCAGCCGGCCGCUCGGAAUGUUGUCGCAAAUAGUACUCCUCGACAGUCCAUCGUACCCCGCAAGUCAUCCACCCCGGCUUCUCUCCCGUCCAGGCAGACCAGCAAGGAACCACUGGAGAGAGUAAGACAGAAUGGGCAUACUCGCACAAAACGUUCUUCCCCUGCCGUCUCAACCCCGAGACUCACCAGUUCGGAUGAUGAGAGUGAGGAGGAAGAUCCGCCUAGGAAACGUGCGCGAACUACUCGGCGAGACAGUCUGGAUGAACACCGUCGCAUUAGGGAUCUGGCGUCGUUCUCCGAAGAAGCCAGUGGCCCUCUUCAGAUGGUCCAUGCUGCAGACAUCGCGAACAUUGAGAUUUUAGACCAGUCAAGAACCAAGUAUCAAGACUUUUUUACAGCUCUUGAGGUGGAUGAGACUGACUGUCCGACAAUCACACUACAGUAUCCCAGCGUGUCCCAGGCGGAGAAAUACCAGUUGGUCAGGCCCACCGACUCCUCGGAUUUCAUGCCUUUGGAGGACAUUGUUUCCAAUAUGAAAAUCAUCGCCGAAUACUACCUUGACACAGAAUCGGCCAGAAAGGUCAAUUGCGAGGAGGACGGUUCAGGCUUCGUUCAAUUGCUGAAUCGAGAAGCCAAAUUGCGGGGCCGUGUCGGUGCUCAGUCCAGGUUCAUCAGUGUGGUGGAAAAGUUCAAUUCACUCCUGACUGAAAAACGUAAGGAUGGCACGAUUGCCAAGAAGUUGGAUGAGAUGGUCCGUGUUGAUGUGCAACUGGCUGAACACAUAAUCAAGAGUCAGGUCUACGCGCGGACCGUGUCACCUCAAGUGCAUCUGGUGAGGCAAUAUGCCAGCUUUUCUGACAACGUUUAUGGAGAAUUACUUCCCAAAUUCUUGAGUCGUAUCUUCAAGGAGACCCAUCUCAAAUCAAAUCAAAUCUUCGUGGAUCUCGGUUCUGGUGUUGGUAACUGUGUGCUACAAGCAGCUCUGGAAAUUGGUUGCGAUUCCUGGGGCUGUGAGUUCAUGGAAAACCCGAAUACACUUGCCCAACUCCAGGCCAAAGAGUUUCCCGCGCGUUGUCGGCUUUGGGGUAUCAAACCCGGGAAAGUGCAUCUGAUCCAUGGAGAUUUCCUCAAGAAGCAAGAGAUCAAAGAAGUGUUGAAGAGGGCAGACGUCAUUUUGGUCAACAACCAAGCUUUCACCGCUGAACUUAACGACAAGCUGAAGUAUGUUUUUCUUGAUGUGAAGGAAGGUGCCCAGAUCGUGAGCCUCAAACCGUUCCGCAGUCCAGCACACAAGAUCAAAGUGACCAACGUCAAUGAUCCCAUCAAUGUCUUGGAGGUUGAGGAAAAGGCUCGCUAUAGUGGGAUGGUCAGCUGGGCAGAUGAUCAUGGCAAGUGGUACCACCAACGGAAGGAUUCUAGGGCUUUGGAGGCAUUUACCAAGAAGUUGGCACGAUCGAAAUGA